AUGAGUGACUGGACGGAGGUCCUCUCUCAGGCGCAAACCACCAUCAACAAGGAUCUUACUCCAGAGUUUGCCCGCGUUUGCCAGUGUAUAACUGGCCACGCGCCCAUUGGAGCAUAUUACCGUCGCUUCAAGAUCAAUGAGCCUCAUGGCUGCACUUGCCGGGCUGCUUUGCAGUCUCGCCAGCACAUCCUCUUUCGCUGUCGCGAUCGCUACUCCGUGCAUUAUCCCCGCUUUCUUGGGGAUGUUGCAUCUUUUAUGAAGUACAACCCUACGGCGUUCGGCUUCAACCAGGACCCCUUGGGGGUCGGAUAA